ACGUCUUGAUUCCUGCGACGGUUUUUGCGUAACCAUCACAUGUGUUUUGAAAACGCGACCUGCACUGUGACUAUUAUAGCCUCUAUUUAAGUGAUAUUAGUAACGUGUGAACAAUUAUGUCGUUUGUGGAGGACGAAGUAUCGGACAGUGGAGUGGACUCGCGCUCGCGAUUGGAAAGCUAUGUGUUCAGUUGUGAGUUGUCUUCUGAAGUUCCAUUUUACACAUUUCAAGCAGAUGAAGAUGACGAUGUGGAACAUUUUCUCGAGCUUAGAACGAUUUGUCUGGGUGAUGGUGCCAAAGAGGAGAAUAACGUGGUGGAAGUGACUGCUAUGAAUCACCAAGGAAAGAAAACAUCAGUGCCUGUAGCUAAUCUCAACAUUUCUUGCCUGCCUAUGGUAAGCCUCGGGGAGUUUGAGUUGAUGGCUCCUGUCACACUACGCUUGAAAUCUGGAACUGGACCAGUGACCGUCAGUGGGUUACAUUUAGUUGCCACAGAGAAUGAAGAGUCUGAAUUAUCAGAUGAUGACGAUGACGAUGAUGUCAGUGAGGAGGAAAUGCCCUCAGUCAAACCAGCCAAGAAAAAACAGAAAGCUUAGAGAUGUUUACACCAGACCUUUAUACGUUUUAUACAGUAUUAGACUUAAUGUUCUACUAUGAGUCGUGACGGAGAGUGGUGUAGAAUUUAAUGGAAUUUUGUACUUUCAGAUGUGGUUGCAAAUGUGAAAUAGAAAGGUUAAAGCCUCCAUACAACCAGCUCCAUGAACAUUUACUUCGUUGAAAAUGUUUUAAUAGUUAAUACCGUUACUUAUGUGUACAUGAGUAACUGCCAACACCAAACUUCAGAUUCACUCUCAGUUCAGGGACUGAGAAUUCACAGUCCUGUUCCCACCGAGCCCUGGAGUGAGGCACUUCACGCCGGGUUGAUUCCAGAUGUUCGAUCCCUGUAACAUACUGUAAAAUGAUAUUGUCAGUGACAGCCUGUCACUCUUCUGCCUUUGGGAAAACACCAGCAUUCUUCUCUACAGAUAAUCCUCUAACACUGUUUUGUUGUUUGAAAUUUUGUUGUACUUUUUUUGGCAGUCUGGGUUUUUAAAUCUUAGUCCCAUUUUGAAGGACUGAUAGAGUGAAGUUUUGCAUGGUGAAUUUUAUGUCAAGAUCAGUCUAGAAGGACUUGCCAUGGUUGCUGUUUUUGUAUUUUUACAGAUUUAUUUACAGAUACUGUAAAUAAAAUGUUGUUUUAGUAGAA